AGCAUUGUGGUGGUGAUGAAGCAGGAAACAGAGAGGAAGAAACCCAAAGGGAAGACCAGGAUUCUCUGGGUGACCAAACAACAAGAGUUUGUCACCAUGGUUGUUAAGGUCUCUCCCAUGCUUGUUCUCCUUCUCUUAUUCUUCAUUUCCAAAGCCAUCGCCAGAAAUCACAACCACGACAAUCUGAAUCCCAACGGGUCCACCGUCACCGGCAUCGAAUUUCCCGAUCACAUGAGCUUCAAUGCUGUCUCUGCAUCGGGAAGUACUGGUUGCAGCCUCACAAAUUCAAAGAAAACCCAACAAUCGGAGUCGGCCAUGGAAGCAAUGGGCAAAGAAGAAAACGACGAUGAUGAUGACGAAGAAGAUGAAGAAAAAAUUGCCUCCUUCUUGUCACUGAAAUCCCAUAAGCAAUCAGUGAAAUUCCAUUUGAAGCGCCAAUCGUCGAGCUCCGAAACCGAGCCCAAGAAAUCAGUGACAGAUUACACAAUCAGAGACUUAACCAGAAUUCAGAACCUUAAUCGGAGGGUAGUAGAGAAGAAGAAUCAAAAUACAAUCUCAAGGCUACAACAGAAGAAGGCAAAAAUUCAACGGUACGACGUUAACCCAGUUGUUGUUCCACCGGUGCCGUCGCCGGAAUCAGAGCCAAAUGGGUUCUCCGGUCAGCUAAUGGCGACUUUGGAAUCCGGGGUGGGAUUUGGUUCCGGUGAAUACUUCAUGGAUGUGUUUGUUGGUACCCCUCCUAAACAUUUCUCUUUGAUUCUUGACACUGGUAGUGACCUGAAUUGGAUUCAAUGUGUUCCUUGCUAUGAUUGUUUUGAGCAAAAUGGACCGUUUUAUGAUCCCAAAGAUUCAACUUCUUUCCGGAAUAUAAGCUGCAAAGAUCCUCGUUGUAAAUUGGUUUCAUCCCCAGAUCCUCCUCAGCCUUGCAAAUCCGAGAGCCAAACUUGUCCAUACUACUACUGGUAUGGGGAUAGUUCAAACACCACGGGGGAUUUUGCUCUGGAAACUUUCACUGUCAAUCUCACAGCUCUUUCAGGCAAACCAGAAUUCAAACAGGUUGAGAAUGUGAUGUUUGGUUGUGGUCAUUGGAAUAGAGGUCUCUUCCGUGGGGCUGCGGGUUUGUUAGGACUUGGAAGAGGACCUCUUUCGUUCUCCUCUCAGCUUCAGUCACUCUAUGGACAUUCAUUCUCAUACUGUCUUGUUGAAAGAAACAGCAAUGCAAGCAGCAAGUUGUUAUUUGGUGAAGACAAAGAUCUAUUGAAGAAUCCGGAAUUGAAUUUCACCAGCUUGGUUACCGGGAAAGAAAACCCGGUUGAUACAUUUUACUAUGUUCAGAUCAAGUCAAUCAUGGUGGGAGCAGAGAAGCUGAAUAUACCAGAAGAGACUUGGAAUUUCUCAGCUGAUGGUGGUGGUGGGACAAUUAUUGAUUCAGGUACUACACUGAGUUAUUUUGCUGAACCUGCCGAUCGACUCAUCAAAGAGGCAUUUAGAAAGCAAGUUAAAGGGUAUAAAGAAGUGAAGCUUGAAGAUUUUCCUUUGGAUCUUUGCUAUAAUGUCUCUGGUGUGGAAAAGAUGGAGCUACCAGAUUUUGGUAUCCAAUUUGCAGAUGGAGCUGUGUGGAAUUUCCCAGUUGACAAUUACUUCAUUCAGAUUGAUCCACAAGAGGUUGUUUGCUUGGCAAUUAUGGGAACUCCGAGAUCUGGUCUUUCUAUAAUUGGGAAUUACCAGCAACAGAAUUUUCACAUUGUUUAUGACACAAAGAAGUCUAGGCUGGGAUAUGCACCGAUGAAGUGUGCUGAUCUACUUUCUGUGCAAGGAAACAGAACUUUCUUCUGCCAGUGCGAGAGAGAGAAAACCGGUUCAAGGGACAGCAGCGGCUUCUUCUUCUUCUCUCUCGCAAGUCUCAAAAUGUUUUCUUUCAGGUUUCACCAGUACCAGGUUGUGGGGAGAGCUCUCCCAACUGAGAACGAUGAGCACCCCAAGAUCUACAGAAUGAAGCUCUGGGCCACCAAUGAGGUCCGUGCCAAAUCUAAGUUCUGGUACUUUUUGAGGAAGCUGAAGAAAGUCAAGAAAAGUAAUGGUCAAGUGUUGGCUAUUAAUGAGAUUUUCGAGAAAAAUCCAACCAAGAUCAAUAAUUAUGGAAUUUGGCUGCGAUAUCAGAGUCGAACUGGUUAUCACAACAUGUACAAGGAGUACCGAGACACAACUCUAAAUGGUGCAGUAGAACACAUGUACAAUGAGAUGGCAUCUCGUCACAGGGUGAGGUCCCCAUGCAUCCAAAUUAUUAAGACUGCUACAAUCCCGGCAAAACUUUGCAAGAGGGAAAGCACCAAGCAGUUCCAUAACUCCAAAAUCAAGUUCCCAUUGGUGUUUAAGAAGGUUAGGCCACCGACGAGGAAGCUCAAGACAACAUACAAGGCAUCAAGGCCCAACGUGUUCAUGUAAUUUUGUUUUCUCUUUGUCGAGUCCAUCAUGAUAAGUUGAUUGGUAAAACUAGACAGAACUAAAGACAGUGAUCAAGUUUCCAAAGAAUUUACGUUUCUGGGGAUGGGAGCAUGUUUUCUCUAAAAUCUAGUAUCUUUUUGAGUAUUUAAAGAUUGCGCAGUUUACAAGGUAAAAUGAAUUGGUGAGCUUUGUCAUUUAAAGUUAUACAUUUUCCAAAUUGUUGGAGUAUGUUAUCUGCUUCUUUUUGGUGUUUCUUGUUGCUAUAACAAUAUGGUAUUAUGUGAUGCACGUUCAAGUA